AUGAAGGUCGCGGAACGAGCUUGGAAAUGGAGCGUGUUGUGCUUGCUCGCGACUGUAACCUCGGCUGUCGAACCUACGGUCAAGGUGCUCAAUGGCACGUACGAAGGCCAUUACCUGCCUGGCUUCAAUCAGGAUCUCUUCCUUGGAGUACCAUACGCGCAAGAUACUGGAGGUCAGAACCGCUUUCUGAUUCCACAGAGCCUGAACACCACAUGGAACGACACGAGGCUGGCGACACAGUACGGUCAUGCCUGCCCUGAUCCUCAGCCGGAAAGAGAUGGCGAGUUUGGUAUGAGCGAAGAUUGUCUGAGCAUCAAUAUCGUGCGCCCGGCUGGGUUGUCUGUCAAAGAGUCGAAGAAGCUGCCGGUUGCUGUCUGGAUUCACGGCGGGUCGUAUCAAGUUGGCACCUCCGCUCUUCCAAACUACAAUUUGACGUAUCUCGUGCAGAGGAGUGUGGAGAUCGGCAAUCCCAUCAUUGCGACAAGUAUCAACUAUCGCAAAGGAGGAUGGGGCAUGAUGUACUCCCGCGAGAUCCAAGGGACCGGUAACACAAACCUCGCACUACGCGACAUGCGCAAAGGGCUGGCCUGGAUAUCCGAGAAUAUCGGUGCUUUUGGCGGCGACAAAGAUACCGUGACGAUCUGGGGCGAGUCCGCAGGCUCCUUUGCAGUCGGCCAGCUGCUCUUGAGCUACGGCGGCCGAACAGACGGCCUCUUCCAUCGCAGUAUCCAAGAAUCCGGCUCCGCAGCAACAGCUUGGUACAAUGGAUCGGACUGGUACCAACCCAUCUACGACAACAUCGUCGAUAAGACGAACUGCUCGGAUGUGCCGGAUACACUUGGCUGCCUCCGCACUGUGCCUUACCAAACUCUUCUCCCGUUGAUGACGAAGCCAAUCCAGGGGCCAGGAUGGUAUCCGACUGUUGACGGCGAUAUCAUACCCAGAUUCCCAACUGAGCUUUUGCACUCUGGUCGCUUCGCUCAUAUCCCGCACCUCUACGGCUCCAACUCUGACGAAGGGACGGACAACGCGCCAGCCGGCGGCGUCAUAAACACGACCCAGCAACUCUACAACUUCGUCAAAGGCAGCACGGGGUUCAGCUUCCCCGACUCAGUUGUCACAGAAUUGUUAAAACUGUACCCUGAUGAUCCAGCGCAGGGCGUACCGCUCAACACCGGCUCCGAAAGAUUUGCGGAGCAAGGAUACCAGUACAAACGCAUCGCCGCCAUCAUGGGGGAUGUGUUCUACCACGCGCCACGUCUGGACGACGCAAGACAGUACGCAAAGCACGCCCCAACAUACAUAUACCGCUUCAAUACGCGCCCAUGGCAAGCACCGACCAACACUACUGAGGGCGGGCUGGCACCAGCGUACAAAGGCGUCCAGCACUUCAGCGAGACGCAGUUCGUCUUCGCGAACCCUGCUUUCUAUGGCCCGUGGCCUGAGUAUAAGAAACUGAGCGACGUGAUGAGUGCGCAGUGGGUUAACUUCAUUGCAAGUGGCGAUCCGAAUGGGGAGGAUUUGCCUUUGUGGCCGAAGUAUAGUGACGGUGAGAAGGGACUGAAUCUUGUAGUGCAGGCGAAGGGCAGGGGCCAGAAUGGGAGUCAUGUGGAGGAGGAUACGUGGAGACUUGGAGGGAGGGAAUUUCUGAGCGGGUGGGCGAGGAGAAGGCACGUAUGA